AUGCAGGAAAAGGAAUAUUUUAUCGACAAUUUGACGACCGGCAUGGAGCGAAAGCCUUCGCGAACAAAGUGUAGCUACGAUUUGCUAGAUUCCAAGCAACAGCAGCUGAAGCUGGCGGGCCGAGGAUAUAACAAAUGCGAUGAAAAUGUAAAUUACACCGUCGAUCCACUGUUGCUCACUUCGUCCGACGAGGACAGCGGAGAGUCGUCGACGAGCGAGAUUAACAAUUGCAUCAAGUUCAUGGAGAAACCGACGCUGGUAAGUGAUUUCCCGUUAUCUUUUAUCAUUUCUCUACGAAAUACUGAUGGAGAUGCUUCCACCUCGCCCCAGAAGAAGCUGAACGACAUCCUGUCCGAGGACAUCUACACCCUGGACCAGAUCGUAUCGAGCAAGUUCGGCGACUCGUGCAAACAAUCAUUCGUCGGGUCACCACAGCGCCUCCAUACAACAAGUAAUAGCUGCUCAAAUGAGGCUCCCACGACGACCGCCGUGGCCGAUGGUGUGGAGUACGAGUUCAAGCGUAACCUGAUCCGGCAGACGAACAGUGCCAGCUCGAGCCCGAAGCGCUUCCCGACCGUCACCCCGCCGAAGCACGCCGACAGCCUGAACAGCGUCAGCCUCGGUGAGGACAGCGAGGAACUGGACCGGGCGUCCUGGUUCCAAGCCGGGCUGCCUCGCGAACUAUCACUGGAAGUCCUCACGCAGCAGAGCCCCGGUGCGUUCCUGGUUCGCCGCAGUGCCACCAAGCACGGUUGCUUCGCGCUAUCGCUCCGAGUUCCGCCCGGACCGGGGCCGAAGGUGGUGCACUAUUUAAUUAUGAAAACCGAGCGUGGAUAUAAAAUUAAGGGCUUCACGAAGGAAUUCUCGUCUCUGCGCGCCUUGAUAACACACCACUCGGUGAUGCCCGAAAUGCUUCCGAUUCCGCUUUCACUGUCACGGCCUCAGAACAUUCCGAUGAAGUGCAAGCGUACGGACGACUACGAUACGUACAGUGCGUUGAACGAGUUUUCCAAGCUGUUCUCCGAUCUCGACAUCUGCUCAUAG